UCGACGCCCCAACUGCAACCCACCCCAUUAUUCAAAUGUGAUUUUCAAGCGAAGUCCCGUGUUCCCUCUCUCUCUCUCUCUCUCUCUCUCUCUCUCUCUCUCAUUAAUUAAUUCUUGGAUCCAGUUUCAUGUAUGCCAUAGAAACACAAUAGGGUGGAGUCCAUUUCGGCAGAAGUUGGAAAAAGAGGAAGAGGACAGCCUGAAGUUUAACUUACUGUUUUCACACGCACAUAUAUAUAUAUUAGAAGAAGGAAGUCUGAGUUGUGAUCGAGUGAGGAAAGACAACAAAAGUCCCAAGUUUGGUCAUCAAGCAGAAGACCCAAAAAAGAACAAGGCUAGUAAUUAGCAAGUUAGAGGCAUGGAAUUAGAAAGGAAGCUAAGCCAUGAAGAAAAUCGACCUUGCUUACCUCAGAAAAAGCCUUCCCCAUUCUCUUCUUGGCCAUGGCAGAACUUGGGCAUUUACAAGUACUUGUUGUAUGGACCAUUUGUGGGAACAUGGCUGUAUUCAAAGUUCUGGGAGAAGACGCCGCAGAAGGAAAGCUGGUGCUUUCAUAUUCUCAUCCUCUGUGCCCUGAGAGGCUUUGUUCAUCAGCUCUGGUAUUCCUACGGCAGCAUGCUUUUUCUCACUCGAAAUCGCCUUAUCCUUCAACAAGGUGUCGAUUUUAAGCAAAUCGACAGCGAAUGGAACUGGGAUAAUUUCAUAAUUCUACAAGCCUUGAUGGGUUCCUUGGCAAUUCUCAAGUUCCCCUUCCUGGCCAAUAAUCUUCCUUCAUGGAACGCCAAGGGGAUUUUCUGCUGCUUAUUGCUGCAUGUGGCAUUCUCUGAGCCUGUUUAUUACUGGAUUCAUCGAUUGCUACAUGUUCAUGAGUUCCUUUUUACCCAUUACCAUUCCCUGCACCAUGAAUCUAAAACCACCCAAUCUUUUACAGCUGGGCAUGCAACAUUUAUGGAGCAUCUGAUGCUGGGCAUAAUCGUAGGGGUCCCAGUGCUAGGGACUUCAUUCAUGGGUUAUGGAUCAGUGAGCUUGGUUUAUGGCUACGUUUUGAUCUUCGAUUUCCUCAGAUGUAUGGGCCACUCCAAUGUUGAAGUCUUUCCUCAUCGUCUCUUUGAGAUUUUUCCUAUCCUUAGGUUUCUCCUCUAUACACCAACAUACCACAGCCUACACCACACAGAGAUGGACACAAACUUCUGCCUGUUCAUGCCUCUAUUUGAUACGCUGUGGAAGACCAGCAACCCUAAAUCCUGGACCCUUCAAAAGAAGAUAAGCUUGGCUGCAGGGGGAGGAGCAAAUGCGGUCAUCCCGGAAUUUGUGUUCCUGGCGCACGUGGUUGACAUAAUGCACGGGCUGCACGCGCCAUUCAUGAUACGAUCGUACAACGCGCUGCCGUUCAAAACGCUGCCGUUUCUGGUACCAUUGUGGCCGGGGGUAGUCAUGGUGAUGCUGGUGAUGUGGGCCAAGUCCAAGGCCUUCUUGAUCAGCAGCUACACUAUUCGUUCCAAGCUCCACCAGAUUUGGGUCGUUCCCCGCUUUGGUUUCCAGUACUUCCUACCAUUUGCUACGGGGGGAAUAAACAAUCGGAUUGAAGAGGCAAUUCUGAGGGCAGAUAAGUUAGGUGUCAAAGUAAUUAGCCUUGCAGCAUUGAAUAAGAAUGAAAGUUUGAAUGGGGGUGGAACAUUAUUUGUUAAAAAGCACCCUAACCUAAGAGUAAGUGUUGUCCACGGAAACACGUUGACCGCAGCUGUGAUUCUCAAUGAGAUCCCUAAAGAUGUAGCCGAGGUCUUCUUAGCAGGUUCUACAUCGAAGCUAGGAAGGGCCAUUGCUCUCUAUCUAUGCCGUCGAAAAGUUCGCGUUUUGAUGCUAACUCAAUCGACGGAGAGAUUUACAAGAAUCCAGAAUGAAGCCAAAGUGGAACACCAAAAAUAUUUAGUUCAGGUGACGAAGUAUCAAGCAGCUCAAAACUGUAAGACCUGGGUGUGUGGUAAAUGGACAACUCCGAUCGAGCAAAGGUGGGCACCGCCAGGAACGCAUUUCCAUCAAUUUGUGGUACCUCCUAUUUUUGAGUUUCGAAGGGAUUGCACUUAUGGCAAGCUUGCAGCCAUGAAACUCCCUGAGGAUGUGGAAGGUUUAGGAUCAUGUGAGUAUACGAUGGAGAGAGGAGUUGUACACGCUUGUCAUGCUGGUGGUGUAGUUCACUUCCUAGAAGGGUGGACGCAUCACGAGGUCGGAGCACUUAAUGUUGACCAGAUCGACGUCGUUUGGAAUGCCGCACUCAAGCAUGGCUUGAAGCCUGUUUAAUUUUUAAAGCCUCCUCUCUCUCUCUCUCUCUCUCUCUCUCCUUCAAAAGAAAUCAAAACAUCUUGUUCGUGUAUUCCUUGUAACGUUAAAUGGUAGGUGGCAGGACUUCUUUAGUUUUUUUUUUUUUUAUUUCUAUUUUUUUUCCAUUUCCAUAUCAUAAAUUGUUUUGGUAGUUCAAGAUCGACUGCCAAGUUGUGCCAUUCCUUCUCUUGUGAAAUGGUGUACACCACCAUUGUUUAUUUGAAUGAAAUCUAAAGUGUAUGUCCCUUUCCUGACUUUAA